GGUGUCACCAAUCUACUGUCUCGGGGGCACGCGAUGCUCGUUCCCGUAAAUAUGAAAUGUGUCGUUACCUAGACUUUGCAAGUGGAGAAUUUGCGGUGUAGCCGAAUGAGCGUCGCGACCUACUCGCUCUGUCUGAUGCGGCGGUUGAGUGUCACAGAAGUCCGGGGAUUCACGUUGUUCCAUCGGGCCUACUUCCAUAAUUCUCUCUGUAUUGAUGAAAUACUUUUCUCUGAAUAGUUAGACAAAUAUUAUCGAUUAACGCUCAGAAUCUUGCUGGAGAAACUGUGGGCGAGCCAAAUCUGUGUGUAUUUUCCCCAUAUUGUUCUCAUCGAAAGCAGGAAGGUGCCGUGGAGGGCAUAGUGACUUGUCAUGAACGAGCCCGUAGAGAGCGGUGUAGUCUCGUUUGACGAGUACGUGCGUCAGAAGGCCCGCAGUGUGCCCCAGCACCGUAUGAAGGAGUUCCUGGAGUCUCUGGCCAACAAGGGCCCCGAGGCACUGCAGGAGUUCAGCCAGCAGGACGGCGACACCACCACCAUGGUGUACCAGCAGGGGGGCAACUGUGUCUACACAGACAGCACUGAGGUGGCUGGCUCGCUGCUGGAGCUGGCUUGUCCGGUGCAGGUGAACUCUGCACAGAUCUCACCCCAGAUGGCUGCUGGUGUGCACCAGGGGUCUGAGCAGCAGAUACAAGUACAGGUGCAGAUCCAGGGACAGCAGGGUCAGACGGUGGACCUCCAGGGCAUCCCCACAGCAGCACAGCUGGUCCAGCAAGGAGAGCUCACAGAGGAGCAGCACCAGCAGAUCCAGGCCCAGUUGGUGGCAGCGGUGUCAGGAGGUCAACAGAUUAGACUACAAAGCGUGGAGGCCAUGUCUCCUCAGCAGCAGCAGGGCUCUCCCCGGGAGGCAGAGAGGAGAGCGGGCACCAGCGUCCUCCAACCUGCCAAGAAGCGCAAGGUGGACGUCCCCAUCCAGGUGUCGUACUCCCUCCCUCAGGGCCAGCAGGGCCAGCAGGUGGUCCUGGCCCUCCCCCAGGGGCAGGGGCAGCAACAGCAGUUCCUGUCCCUCAGGCCCGACCUGCUUACUGUGGACAGCACCCACCUGUACAGCACCACAGGUACCAUCACAGGUCCUGCCGGGGAGACCUGGACCAUCCCUGUGUACUCCGGGGGGCAGCAGGGUGGCGUGCAUCACAUCGCCAUCCCCCAAGAGGCUUACAACACGAUGCAGGUGUCCUCCUCUGGUCACCACGACAACAAGGACAAUAGGGUGGCCCACUCCUCGUCGUCGGGGACUGGGUCCGUCCAGUCGGGCGCCACGGUGUCAGUCUCCGAGACGACGACGAACGAGGAAGUGGUGCAGACGCUUUUCCCGGCGCAGUUCAUGAACGGGAACAUCCACGGCCCGGUGGUGGUGCAGACGGUGGGAGGGGCUUACAACGCCACGCAGCAGCUCCACAUCUGGGACCCCCAGCAGCAGCAGGAACACCAAGAGCAACAGCUCCACCUACAGGGUCAUGUGGAGUCAGAGUCCCAGGUGGAGGCCCCCCAGGAGCUGCUGCUUCCCAUCUCCCUGAAGCCUGAGGAGGGCAUGGACGUGUGGCGCCUCUGGGUCCAGCGCAARAACACAGAGCUGGACAAGGACGAGCAGAACAAGCUGGCACCCAUCGGACGUCGUCAGGCACUGCGCUUCCAGGAGGACCUGGUGUCGAGUGCAGUGGCUGAGCUCAACGUGGCUCUGGCCCUUAUGACCCAAGAGGCCCGAGGGUUGGAAGGAGAACAGUUUGAGCCUGACGCCCUCUACUACAUCUUCCUGUGUAUACAGAAGUACCUCUUUGAAAACGGACGGGUGGAUGAUAUCUUCUCUGACCAGUACUACACACGCUUCUCCCAGUGGUUACACAAAGCCCUGGACGAGUGGAGGCCUGUCAUCCAUCCACUAGGGUACAUCAUUCCCAGUCAUGUGACAGAGGAGAUGCUGUGGGAGUGUAAACAGCUGGGUGCCCACUCACCAGCCACGCUGCUCACAACACUCAUGUUCUUCAACACUAAGUAUUUCCGUCUGACAACGGUAGAGCAGCACAUGAAGGUGGCCUUCUCCAAAGUGCUGAGGCACACGAAGAAGAACCCGUCCAACCCAAAGGAUAAGAGCACCAGUAUCCGCUAUCUGAAGGGCCAUGGGCCCUUAGGAACACACCAUGCAGGGCAGAAAGUGACYGAUGACAUGUAUGAGGAGCAGACUGAGGAUCCUGAGAACCCUCUGCGAUGCCCAAUUAAGCUGUAUGAUUUUUACCUCUUCAAAUGUCCCCAGAGUGCUAAGGGGCGUAACGACGCGUACUACCUUACGCCAGAGCCCGUCGUGGCGCCCAACAGUCCCAUAUGGUACUCCACUCAGCCAAUCACAAGUGAGCAGGUGGAGCACAUGCUCACACGCAUUAUCAUGGUGCGGGAGAUCCAGGAGGCCAUCGCCAUGUCAUCGGCCAGCAUGCACUGAGCCCGGGAGGGGAGGAGGAACUGAAAUGGACACACUAACCCCUGAAAUCAGCCCUCCUCUCUCUCUCUCAAACGUUAAUCUUUGUGGUACCUCCUUCACUCAGUAACUAACUCUAAGGACCUCCAGUGGCCUCAGUCUCAACCCAUCACACCUGCCAACCAUAGGUGUGGGGGAGCGACCGAUAGUGUUUACAGAGUGGACUUAUGGGCCUUUUUUUAAGGAAUAGACUCCUGCGUUUAUUCAUCUAAUGGCACUUAUGUCACCCUCAAUGCUGUUAUCUUUUUUGGGAUGGUCACACGUGUACGUAAGCCACCACUUCACCUAACCCCCCACCUCACUUCACCAUAGAAUUGUUUCCUGGACUGAAGAGACGAGUGAGAUGGAUUUUGACAGUCACUAAAUCAGAGCUCAUCAUGUACUCCUGUAGGCCGUUGCAGCCCCCAAUAAAGAUGAAAUGGUCAGAAAUGGA